GUUUUAUUGUUGUUGUUUUUUACCCUUCCCCUCUUCCACACUCACCGUCAUUAGUUUAUAGAGAAUGCAUGUAGAAAUUAUUUCCUUAUGGAAAUGGAUUUAGAGGAAGUAGUACUUCUUUUAUUGAAUGACUCACGUACGUGUGUAGUUUACACGCAUUGAUAGAGGAAAUUGUGCAUAAACUAUGAUGUUCAUCGCAUCUUAUGUAUUUCUCUUCUGUUUACAUUUUGUUCAUUCAAAAGCUGGACUCGGGACAGGAGUCUGCAGUCGUGAUCCUUUGAGAUGCUGUCCUAAUUACCGACGUGACGGUACAUUCUGCAAUCCUUGUGAUGUAGGUACCUAUGGACACAAUUGCUCUGGAGGACGGUGUGUUUAUGGAUCGUAUGGAUUUGGAUGUUUAAAGAAGUGUAACUGUUCACGUGAUCAGUUUUGUGACGUAAUUACAGGAUGCUCAUAUAAUAACACUGCAGAAGAAAAAGAAGAGAGCAAAGAUCAGGGAAUCAUACACAAGAUUUUACCUGUUUUAUUGGCCGUCAUAUUCAGCGUCGGAUCAAUCUUAGUUAUCAUCGUCGUACUGUACAAUCAAAGAUUAAAGUUUUUCAGACAAUAUUUCUCAGAGUUGAGGACCAGGCGUGUCUCUAACAACUCUGCCAUCCAUAAUUCGGACGAGCCUCAGGAAGACUACUCUCAGAUGACAAGAGCAUCUAACAGUUACAACGUACUCAGCUUUGAUAGGCACAACGCAAUUUCCACUUUCAACGCCACUGAGGAGGAAGACAUCUACGACGAAGGUGGCGCCGUUGUCGUAAACAGAAACGAUGACUUUCAGGACAGCUACGUAACACUUGCUCUUCAGCGGAACCAAAGGAUGAUCGCCGUCGAAUUUGAGAAGAGUUCAAAUACUUAUGCUAUGAAGGCAGCUGAUGAUAAGGAUGGUGACAGCUAUGUUACACUAGCUGUCAAUGAGAACGAGGCUACGGGUCACAAUUCAAACGGUACUUCCAAUAGCCUAUUGACAACACCACAAACAGAAAGUUCGGAUACUUAUGAUGACACUCUGCCAAAUUUUCAUUCACAUUAUUACAUGCUAAAGAAAGAAGAGAGAAACAAAAAUACGCAAGAUAAAAUUGUCGCUGUUGAUGUUUUUGCAGGCAGGCGUUGUUGAAAUUAGAGACAAAAGUAUUUUAGAGAUUAUUUAGGUCUGUGUUGACUUUUUUGGAAGAUGGACUACAAAUUAGAUUUGCUCCUGUCAUACGUAUUAUUCUGUCUUCCAAAUAAAAUUAACGAACUUUU